CCGCAAUGAUGCUGGAAUCUGUUGCCAAGAAUUUGUUCAUGAGUCAGAUUUCCUGACAUGACUACGUUUCUCUUUUACACAAUUCCGGCUUAUCCCAUGGGCUUUAAUGUUCGUUUGAAAACUGUUCACCUCUAAGUCCUAUAAAGAAAUAACUUAUUGAAAACUUUGCCGUGAUAUAUUAAAAAAGGGGGUGGCGAGUUUCCUGCGCUACAUCUAGGACUCGUGUCGUUCAUCAGCCCUUUUUAAUUUCAGUGUGAAGUUGUUGCUAACGUCUUCUCCGUCUCGAGGGAGCGUGACAUCCUGGUCCGUCUGUACGAGAGACAUCGAUACGCCCUCACCUGUCUGCCCCUGACACACCGCCACUCCUGGGGAAAAAAGGAGCACAAAAGGCCAUCGAUCACAAACGUGAGAAACAAAACCAGUGAUCACAGCCAUGAUCUAAGGAAAAACCAGUGAUCACAGCCAUGAUCUAAGGAAAAACCAGUGUCUCCCGCAGCAACGGUGAACGAUGCUGCUGCGUGUGGUGAUGGUGGCUGCAGAGAGUCUGAAGUUACUGGAGCAUCAGCUGAUGGGCGGAGACCAGAUACAAGAUGUCAGGGUGGUCAUGCGCGCUCCUCUGGAUGCCUACGAUGUGCUGAUUCACCUGAACCCAAGGCAGGUUCCUGCUCUCUCAGGCAGUGGACCCUCCCAUUGUCACCUUCAACAGGGGCCUCAUGGCUGGCAACGUGGCCCAGUCCAGAGGGGCCCUGCCGGUCAUCGACUACAACCCCGUGACCCUCUACCUGGCAGAGCUCAGAGAUGCUUUCGGAGAGCUCGCCCUCUUCUUCUGUGAUCCUCAUGGCGGAACCGUGAUCGCAGUUUUAUGGAAGCCAAAGGCCUUCCUCCCAGUGCCCUUCAAGACAUCGUAUAUGUCUGCUCGGAGAGUGGAGGUGACUGGGGAGGAAGCGAAUACCAUUCCCAACGUCGAAGCAAUCCUGGAGGACUUCCGGGUCUUGGGAAAGGGCUUGAUCAAGUCAGUGGAAGCCAGGACUGAGAAGUGGUCAGUUUAGAC